AUGUCCAACGAUUCCUGCUACGCGAGUUUAGCGGGAAAAAUACUGCUUUACGAUUCGAAAGUGUGUCGACUUUGCGGCGAAGAGAAUGAAAAUGGACUCCCGUUGUUUCGCAACAGCGAAGGGAAGAAAGAUUGCGAACUUAGUCAGCUGAUCAACCGAUACUUGCCCUUGAAGGUUCAUGACGAUGGCAUUUCCCCCCGGUGGAUUUGCCCCGGCUGCAACAUUCAGCUUGACUCAACGGCUCAGUUUUUCGAGAUGAUCAUCAAAGGCCAGCAGUUGGUGGAAGCGUUGCUGUUUCGGGAAAUCGAAUGGGAGGAACAACGGCAGCGUGCGUCCGCCAGUAAAAGCAGUGCCGCCGUGGAAGAUUUAGAACCUCUGUACGACACACUCGAUCAGGCAAAGUGGAACGAAUUGUUCGAGAAAGCAGAAAUGGCCCCAACUGGCUCCGGGACCGAUCUCCUGCCAAUCGAACUGCACGAGCUAGAAGAUUUACUUAAACCGGACAGCAACGCCAAAGAACACACCGAUUUGGUUCCAGCAACGGAAGAGCCGAUGGAUGCGCCAAGUGGGGCGGAUGCCGAGAAAGACUGGAUUGUUAAGUCGGACAUGUCGAAAACGAACGGCCGAUUGAUCGGGUUCGUGCAAAAUCGUAACGCAACCGACAUCGGCAGCCUUGUGGUGGUGGCGCGCACUGAAGGUUCGAAGCGGACACAAGCACAGUUCGUGUGUGACAUUUGUAGCAAACUUUUUCCUCAAGAACUGCAGUACCUAAGGCAUCGGAAAAUACACAGUAUUCUGUUCGAGUGUUUCGACUGUCUGCUCAAGUUCGGCACAAGCGACAAACUCGAAAUACAUCAGCAGGAAACGUCACACCAGGGACGAGGGAUGGUCGAAGGUCUGCAAUUUGCCGACGAGAAACAGACCACCGCAAGGAAGGCGGCAGAACGUCAACCAGCUAAGGUAGACAGGGAUCUGUACGCUUGUGAUAGCUGUGAUAAUACGUUCCCCGAACUGACCACCGUCCUGAAGCACGAGAAAACGGUUCACGCCGGUGACAGCCGCACUUACGUUUGCAGUGCUUGCGGUAAAUCGUUUCGCCAGAAAAAUCUCCUGAAACGCCACCAAAACACUCACACCGAAGGCCGGCCACAUCGGUGCGAGGUGUGCGAAGCGGCGUUUAAAACGCGCUCGACCCUCGCGAAACACGCCCAAUCGCACACCGCAACCAAGCGCUUCCCGUGUACGAUCUGCGAUCAGCAGUUUCGCUACAAAACCAGCUUGAAGCAGCACCUCAACUGGCACCAGGGUGUGAAGCCGUUCGAGUGCCAGUUCUGUCAGAAACGGUUCUCCCAGCGGGGCAACAUGAAGGAACACCUGCGAGUUCACUCAGGUGACAAGCCGUUCUCGUGUGGCAUCUGCGACGCCCACUUCACGACCAGCUCGCAGCAGCGGUUGCACAUGAUGCGCCAUGGUAACUUCCGUCCCCACGGCUGUGAAUUGUGCAGCAAAACGUUCGUAGCUCUCGACGCGUUCAAAACCCACAUGCGACGUCAUCUGAACGAGAAGCCAUUCUCGUGCGACGAUUGUCCGAGUUCUUUCGCCGAACGGAACGCCUUGCGAAAGCACCUUCGAACACACACCCGCGAGAAACCGUACGCCUGCAAGCACUGCGAGAAGACGUUUUCCGAUUUGUCGAACAUGGCGCGCCACACAUCGAAAAUUCAUGGACGGGACAAAAACCUCACGGAAGGAAGUGAAGCCGGAGAACCAACUGGAAACAUCGAAUGGGAAGCCGUUGCCCAGGAUACGAUAGCGGACGCAAUCGACGACGAAUCCGACGCGAAUCCACUACGUGAUACUCUUUCCGAAGUGGAAAUGCUUGGCCUAGACGCGGUUUAUAUGAGCGAACACUAGGGGCAGAGUUACUCCCCGGCAAGGUAGGAACUCCACAUCGUUAACCCUAUGUUAGGGCCGGGUCAUCGGAGG